GCCCCCGCCAAGGCGGCCAAUGGCGAGCGGCUGUGGCCUGGCGCGCGCUGGGCGCUGAGCGACGCGGCUGUGAACUGGAUGUGUGGCGGAGGAUGUGAAGGGGAGAGAGGGAGAGCAGCCCUGGCGGCAGCAGGAAUGACGGCGAAAUGUGUGGAUGGGGGCAGCGAUGAAGGGCUGAGGAGAUUGUGUAAACGGUCUGGGGAAGAGGAGAGUGCUGAAGGAGAUGGGGAGAGUGAAGAAGGAGGCAGCAGCUCUCAACACAACACAAAGAGAGAAGAUCCAACAGCAAUUGCCACAAGCCCAGACCAACACCAUUUCUUAAGAUCUAGUGUCAGGCCUCCCAGCAAGAGGUUAAGGAAAGAUUCAUCUACUUCGAAUGGCUCCAGUGGCUUCCAGAACAAUAAAGGAAAAGGUCCUGAAGGGGGAGCUGCUGCCUCUGGUUAUGCAUCUGGCAUUGCUGCUGGCAGCACUGGUGGAAGCAGCAAAACCACAGCAAAGAAUUUGUCUUCUAUCUCUGGAGAAAAGGAGGAAGGAAACAAGAAAAAAGUCCGUAGACAGUGGGAAUCCUGGAGUACAGAGGAUAAAAACUCAUUUUUCGAAGGCCUGUAUGAGCAUGGGAAGGAUUUUGAAGCAAUACAGAAUAACAUAGCUCUAAAGUACAAGAAGAAAGGGAAGCCAGCAAGUAUGGUGAAAAAUAAGGAGCAGGUUCGGCACUUCUACUACCGUACUUGGCACAAGAUCUCCAAAGACAUCGAUUUCACUAAUGUGUUCUCUCGAGGACUGAAGAAAUCAUCCCAGGAGCUAUAUGGGCUAAUAUGUUAUGGAGAACUACGCAAAAAAAUUGGUGGAUGCAUGGAUGACAAAAAUGCAGCUAAACUCAAUGAAUUAAUUCAAGCUGGGGCCACCACGGUGCGAUACAAAGGCCGCAAUUUGCGUAUAAAGACACCGAUGUGCCGGGCUUUGAAAAAAAUCUGCGAUCCUGAGGGGAUUAGUGACGAAGAAGACCAGAAACCCGUCCGACUUCCUCUCAAAGUGCUACUUGAACUGCUGCCACGCAGUAACUACACCUGGGCAAGAGUUCAGAGUUUGGCACAGAAUCCUCGACUAAGGAUGAUGGUGGAGCUGCACAGGAAAGUUUCUAGUCUCAUUGAAUUCCUCAAAAAUAAAUGGGCUUUACAGGAAUUCAGAAUUCGUAAAUCAUUAGAAGAACGCCAGCAGGACUCUGGAGAUAAUGAAUCGAGGAUUGUGGGACUUGAAGAAAAGACGGAGCUCCAUCUCUAUCCUGCAGAGAACUGUACCUUAACUGCACUGCCUGGAGUGGCAAAGGUGGUUCACUCAAAAGCCUGCUGUACAGUGCACUGGCAGGAAACGGGGAGGUGCAGACAGAACGUGAAGGACACUCAUUUGCUCCCACCAGCACAAAUCCUAGCUAGGGCCUCUAUUACAAAGGAUCCGACAGUUAAUCUCAACCAGGGAGCACAGGGCCCAAUGAAGGGACAUAUUAAACAAAUACGGGCCACAACAGACGGGAGAACUGGUAGCAAAAUGACUGGGUUGUUGACUGGAGAAGGACCACAAAGCACUGAAGAGGGAAUUCCUUCUUUGGAAGGUAUCACUGCUGAAGAGACAGCUGCCCACCAGGAGAGUCCAAAAGCAGAGGAGUUUUUUGAUGUGGCACAACAAGAAUCAGGGGAAAAUGGAGAAAAUCUAUUUAAUUCCCCCAAAGCUAAUUCCGAUGUUUCCACUGAAGAAUGCAAUGGUAAUGAAGCAGCUCUAAUGGAGUCCCCAGAAGCAGCCAGCACUGCUGAACUCUGUGUUUGUGGGGGGACUAUGAACACUGAUGAGGCAUCCCUCUUGGACCCAUUCCCUCGUUACAUGAAGUCUUGUCAGAACUUAGUAGUUCCAGAAAGGUGUAUGUGUAAGGACAAAUCCUCCGAAAAAGAUGUUCCUGCUUCAGGCAUAAAUGGAUUUUCUGUUGAUCCCAGUGCUGUGCAUUCGGGAAAUGUAGAAAUGAUGGAACUCAGCACUGAACAACUUGCAGUUUCAGGGCCACAGUUGGCCAAUGAUAUUACUUUAAAGUCAUCCAGUUCAACUACAUUAGAUGAUGGUGAUAAUAGGACCCUACCUUCUAUUUGCACUCGUGAACAGUCAGUGUCAUGUACCCAAGAGGUGUCUGAUACUGACUGCCUUAUGAGGCAGGCCUUGAUAAUUGCUUCGCCCCCUCAGGGACAACCUAAUAGUGCCAGCAUUGUUCCAAAGCCACCAAAAGAGGAUACUACCCACUUUGCGCAGCAGAUGCAGGAGGAUGGCUGGAGCCCGAGUACCUCUGAGAAUCUGACGUUGGCUGAAUUGUACCUCAUGCUGGGGAAACCCAGCAAACUACAGCUUGAGUAUGACUGGGUACAGACCCAGCGGAAUAACGCAGAGGAAACUGAGAGAACAAGGGGUGCAAGUCAGAGAUUACUGAAGUGCUUGCUGCAAAUUAUCACCACUGAAGUGAAUCCUAAACCUAGUCCAGAAUCUAGCUCUGUGGCGACAUCUCCAAUGAAGUCAAACCAUGAAGAUCAGAUGCACACACCUCCAGGGAAGGUGAUCACCCUUACACGUAGUCCUGGCUGUGUCCGAAAUACUGCAGCUGUUCGAUCUAACAAAACAGUUACUCCCACCACUGCUUCAGGCAUGCGUAAUGUACAGAAGACAUUGGUGGUGCCAUGCUCAUCUGGUAGCUCAGGAAAUUCAAGCAGUGAUGCAGACAGUGGGGUAUUUGCUGUUCCUACAAUUCUGCCGCCCAACAGUAGGCAUAACAAGAUAUAUUCACCCAGCAAGGAGGCUGAUCUGACAUUCAGGCAACGACUGGAUUCUUUCAGUAGACCACCAGACAUUUACUUACCCAAGCAAAGGAAGUUACGGAAUAAUCGUCCACGCAAGCCACUGGUGGUUCAGAGAACUCUGUUACCACGACCAACUGGAAAUUCCUCUCAACAUGUUUGUUCCUUUUCUAUCUUGUCCAAUUCUGCCACAGGUACAGGCUCGUUCCGUCCUCUUCAAUCAUCACUUUCCAAAGCAUCUUUAGCUCGUCCUAUUGUUCCAAAAGCCAUUCCAUCAUCUACCAGCCAGCUCUCCAGUGCAAUCGACAUGGCAGCUAAAUCAGCAGGCAUAAUUCCAGGCAGCCCAGUCCAGACCCUUGAUGCAGAAGGAUCGCAAGAUUUGACCUCUUUGUCAACAGAAGGAGUUUCUAUAGUGACCUCAGACCAAGAGUUAUCCUCAGUCCAUCAGAAUGGAAGCUGUACAACAGCAACCUCGACAGGGAGGGAUCUCGAAAAACAUACACUUCAGAAUGGCCUGCCUUCUCCAUCAAGCGAAACUCCCAACACAUUGUUCACUUCUCCUCCAAAUGUCUCAGCGCUCCUGGAUAUAUCAUUGCCAGGACCUCCAGAGGAUACAUUGUCCCAGGGUGGACCCCACAGUCAAAUCAGCGACUCCAUCAUUGAGCUUGCUAUCAACUCCACUCAGUAUGUUGGUGGUGAUGGUGCUUCUCUUUCUCCGACAAAGUUGAAUGGUAGUGACAGCUCAAAGAGUCUCCCAUCUCCCUCAGCCAGUCCUCAACGUAACUGGAUUCCUUCUCCCACGCACGAUCCACAGUGGUAUCCAAAUGAUUCUGGUGAUUCGUCGUUGGGUAGUCUGCUGUCAAGCCUAAUAUCACCUGAAAAAGGGCGGAAGAUGCUAACAACUGGCAACUGCAAUAGCAAUAGCAACUCUCUGCUUGGAACAAGCCUAUUGGAUGGAAACUCCAGGGAUUCUUUUGUGUCCCGCUCACUAGUAGACGUCUCGGAGGUCGACUCUCAGCUGGUGUGCAUGAUGAAUGAAAGCAGUGUGGAUUACAUUGCCCGUUUUAAUGACCUCGCCCAAGAGCUCUCGGGGUCUGAAACUUCAAGGAAGGAGAUGCUUUUUGACAGUGGCCCUCCAAUUGGUGACCUCUCUCAGUAAGGUCAUGAACCGAACAAAGGGGUACAUUUAGAGCCCCCUAUUUCUCAGCACCUUGCCAAUUAAGCUGCCCAUAACGGGCAUUGACUACUGGAGGAUCCAUUUGUAAAUGACACUGAGAGUUUUGAAAAAUGUGCAAUAAGCUUGACAGUACUUCCCGUGAAUCAGUAUUAGAUUUAUGAUAACAUUAAACUGGCAGUCAGUGACAUUGUGUGAAGCUACAAAACAGAAGAGGCCAAAAGGAUCCUGCGAUGGGACUGAACACUAGAGGGAAAUUCUCUUCCAAUGUCUGAAACUGAAAUGCAGUGCUUGGGUUAGGCACGGAAACAAAACCAUUUGCAAGAACUUGGGGUUUUGUUGCAGAUCUGGUGAUGUUCUUAUGGUUUGUACCAAAUUAUUGCUGGAUUGAUAAAGAAUGUUCUGAGAGAGUUAUACAAACCUUUUGUUAUAUAUAACACACCCAUUUGUGCUUUCCACUAAAAGCAAAGCAGUAGUAAUCCUAUUGGGGAUGUAAAACAUUAGAGACUGUAUUCAAUCUGAACGAAUGUGUUAUAAUACAUGGCUCACAUGGUUGUAGUGAUUAUUCUGUUGGUGUGAGACUGAUUAUGGUACAAGGAGAUCAUUAAAAUGAUAACUUAUGCUAACGGUAGCUUAUGCUUAAUGCAUUUGGUCCCCGUUGUAGCAGUGUGCCCUUAAAAGUCUGCCUAACGUACAGUGGGUACUUUUGAGAAUUCUAUUUGAGCUGCAUGGUGCUGAUGCCGAGCAUGCUUAGAAAGUGCACACAUAAUGUGCACUUAUGAACUGAAGAACUAGACAGUUAAAAUCAAGUCUCAGAUGGUCACUUUAAGAAUUAAAUCCAUUUCUUAAUCUGCA